CACACUAUCAUCACAGCUCAUAGAUGCUUCACUUGGUCGUAUACUUGCUGAAAACUUCUUGGCGAUGGGAGACAGGAUGAAAACCCUUGCAAGUUCCGGAAUUAUGUCCAACAAAACACAAAGUCUCCGCUCGGUUAACCCAGAUGUACAUAUGUAAGUAUGGAAAUUGUAGUCCGAAAUUUAAGCCUUUAUUUCAAAACCCCAACCGGUUCUCAAGUCUCUCUUCCCUCCUUGAGCACUACUACACCCCCUCCCAAUUUCCGCCAUUGUCACCGUCAAAUGGUUGAUACCCGUCGCAGUAUCGCUCAGCAAAAAGAACAACGGCCGCGCCCCUGUCGUUCGACGGAGGAACACGAGAAUGAGGAAGAGGAUAUUCUUUCUAAUUCGUCCCUUAGGGCCGGGGCUUCGAAAAAUGGCAGUAGAAGCAGUAGAAGUGGUUAUCAUGAAAGUCAGAAGAUUGACAUUUCCUGGUUCGAUAAGGCCAGGCUUCGCGUCAUUGCCGCUGCCGUCUGCGGCUUUCGAUGUCUACUGACAUUAGAGCCUGGCUUGUCCAACAAGGACCUCAAUUUUGUGCAUUUUCUCGCGAGAACAACGUCUUUGCCUGUGCUGUUAUGCUUGGAAUAUUCGUGGGGACUCUAUCCCGGUCACCUCAAUGUCAACUUUUAUCUCAAUAUUGAUAUCAUGCGCGUCGAUCUUCAUCAUUCAUUCGACGCCGGUAUCUUCUUUUUCCUGCCCGCACUUCUCGUUCUCGAGAAGAUGCUUGAAUUCACGCGAUACAACGUCUCGAAAAAGAGAACCCGCGACAAGAAGAAAUUCUAUCUAGAAUUCUCCGAUGCAACAUGGACUUACGAUCUCUACACCGUUACAUUCGACCCCCACCGCUCCAUCCACCGCCGAAACAUCGACACCACUAUCCGGAUACCAGACGAUAUUACCAGACAUCCCGAUAAAGGAGGGUAUACCGAGCACGACUUCCCAUUCAACAAUAUGCGCAACCUCAUCAGCCAUGUCCAGCCCUUCUUCGUCGUCGCCAACGCCUAUCUUCACAUGCACAAACUCGCUCGAGUCAAACGGAUCGCGCUCAUGGCGGAGAACGACUCGCUGCAGCUUGUAUGGCAGAUCGGCGAGAUUUGGCUAAAGCCUGUGCCAGUUUCGUUCAAAGACACGAGGAAGGGUGGGGAAAAUGAGAUGGCAGAUCCAGAGACGGAUACGGUCUCGUUUCUCGCAGAUAAGGACAGUCAUGCGGAUGUGAAAUACCAGCAAAAGCAAGUCUUUUAUCGAAGGAUGUUGGGAUGGGCCGAUGAGCAGAGGGCUUCGGAAAAUGUUUUUUCGAAGACGGUUCCUCUGCCAAUCACACUCUCGGAUAAGAAGAUGGACAACAUCGAGAUGGAAGAUGCGUCUAACCAUCAGAACCCGACCUCAACUCCAGCCCGAAAAAUUCGAACCCGGUCCUCGACAAUUUCGGAGCGUACCUGUCCUACGUCAGCCAAACGAACAUUGAACGAGAAGGAGGAUAGGGAAGAUGUCCGAAUAUCAAAGAAAGGGAGGCUCACUAAGCCCUCUCGAGGUUUCCCAUCUACACCGUCCACUCCCAGGAAGUCGCGUUACUCCAAUCGCAAUCGCAACACUGUUGAAACCAUUGACCUGGAGCCCGAAAUCCGCGCAUAUCCUUCUCUCGCAUUCGAAGUCCAGGUCGAAGAUGGCAAAGACUUUUUACUUGACUUUAUCUCUUCCCAGAUUGCAGCCUUACGCCACGACUCAAGGGUCGAUUGUGAUGCUAAACUUUCCUCAAACAAAGACGACAACGAGAUCGCAGAUAUCGCUUUCCGGGUAUUGGAAAGCCAGACCGCGGACGGAGAAAUUGCUGGGGACUUUCUUUGGGAGUCAGAUACCAAAACAACACCAGGGACUACUUCUAAAUCGCGACUUUCUAUUUCAAAGACACCAUCAUCAACCAAGAAAACUCCUCUACGCAAACGAUCAUCUACAUUGGUGUUGGCUCAUGUCGAGAUACCAGUGGAAAAUCCUACUCCUUCUACUCCAUCUCAAAUACAGAAAGUGAGAAACACCAGCAAUACCCGCUCCAUGACUCUCGAUACACUGAGAUCUGAUAGCGAUACGUAUACCGAGACCACUACUCCUAUAAGAGGGAGAUCUGUAGCUCCAGCAACGGCCCCAAGAUCUUCGUCGAAUGCAAAGAAACUCAUCGAUAUCAGAGCACGCUCUGUACUCCCUCUUUCUACUAGGUCCAUGAGGAUCUCUUCAUCACUCAAUGCUAUAACCACAAAAAUCACGACUUCACCUAGUCUUGAUAUGAGUGCAAACGAGGCCGAACCCAUGCGCGGCAACCACCCGAACACUGUCAACUCGGACGCGAACGACCAGUCGACCUUUAUUCAUAUUGGCCGGCAGAUCAUGUUCGAGCGCCUAGCGCAGGAAUUCGGGAAAACAGUCGAUGAAAUUUCUGGUAUCUAUAGUGACCUAGGGAAUUUGGAUAACACGAGGAAAGUCUUGGUCCGACUUUCUGGAAUAGGAACACCCCUUGGACCACAAACAUCGUCUUCGUUAGGACAUUCGGCUUCGAGAUCGGAUGUAUCUAAUUUUCUUCCAGGAUCACGUCAAGAAUCCUUGUCCGUGGCAUCCUCAGUAAAGUCAAACCGCAAUGCGUUAGCACGUUCUCAGAGUGUGGCACCGCCAUCUAGAAGUCCAUCCCUUUAUUCUUCCACGGCUUCACCAUCUUUCCUUUCCAUUCCAACUAGGAACGAAUCACGCUCUUUCCUUACCCAUCCACAACCAUGGUCACCGAAGAAGAGAUCGAUUAGCUCCCUCAUAUCACCUUCUCCUUCCAUCGCCUCGUUCUCGAAAUUGCGCCAUGUCAAUAAUUCCGAAAACGACUCUUCAGGGGGCGGAAAUUCUGCCGACGAAUCUGAUGUUCUUCUAGAGAGAAAGAAAAGGAGCAUGCAGAAAAGAAGCACGAAGAAAAAGAGAAAGACAGUUAAUGAAUCAAGUUCUCUCAUUCAGGCAUCUACUUCUUCCUUUUCCAGCCCAGCUCAGAGCUUGAGGAAGACGAACCUGACCUCAACAGAAAGGGAAAUAGAGAAUGAUACAGAAGCGGAGAAAGCAAGGAACCUCGGUAUAGCAACGGGUGAGCAGCAGUAUGAAGGCUCCCAUGUUUAUAUGCACGAGCAUCGCUUGGAUUCGCUGGCCCGCUCCAUUGAGCUAAUUUUGAGGAAUGGGAAGUGAAGGUACUUUGAACUUGAAGCUUUGAGAUAUACUACUCAAUAUGUUUCGUAGUCGUGGUAUAAUAAACGAAGUAGUUAAAUUUUAAGUAUGUGUACAUAUGUUGUCCGGACGUCGACGGCGAAAGUGAAUUCUGGCUGGCAAGACUAUCAAUUUACCAAGCCGGAGUAACAUAAUAGUGUCACUCUAGAUCAAACCAUUCUUCCUCAAAUUGAAGCAGAUCCUUUUUCACUUUGUAAAUACCAGGGUACCCCCAAUCCACAAGUUCAGCUCUAGUGAUCGGGAUAUCUAGAGUCAUUCCUUUACAUCAGUUUUGAUGUC